UCACCCUCACACCUAGGGACAGUAUAGAAAGUAGGUAUAGACUACAAUGUUGGCAAGUAACAUGUCCUGUGUUAAUUAUACUAUAUGUGACGGCCCGCUAAAAAACCGACGACAGGCUCCAAAUCGCCCCCAGGCGGUAGUUUGGACACCGCUACUUUGGUCCUUGUGUCUGUUAAGUGGAGACCACGGAAGGUUCAAGUUUCAUGUGCCAAAAAUAGACCAGAGUGAAUCAACUGCCAAGCUAAACCCACUGGACCGUUCUUUCUCCAGAAGAAACUGGGCAAGACAAGUUUUUAUAUAUUUUUUUUAGUAUCUUACAUCUGAAAUGAACUUCCUUGGGAAUUGUUUUGGAAAGAUAUUAGAUUGGAUAUGUGUGUGGCUGAAAUAUGGUCUGGUGAAACUUUGCAGUGUUUUUCCCAGAGUUGGUGCAUGGGGAGCAGGUGACACCCGUCCCAAUGCGUCACACCAAGAAAACUCAGACGAGUGGAAAAGUAACAUGGCACUUCGCACGUAUGACUCGGGAGGCCAAGGCGCAAGCAUGGUUACGGUCAUAACCAGUACGCACACAUUCCACGCAGACCUGAAAAGGCUUUCUGAGUGCACUGAGUAUUUCCGAGCUUUGUCUCAGUCGGGGAUGAAGGAGGCCGCUGAGAACAUGGUCCACCUGGAGCACGUGUCCUCAGCCGUCUUUCACCGCCUGUUGGAGUUUUACUUCCAUGACACAUUUGAGACCCCACGGGAGGAGGAUUUAGGCUCGUAUAUACAGGUCAGCAACUACCUCCUGGCCGAGUCCUUCCUCUUGCGGUGUCUGUCCAUGCUUACCGAGGAGCUGAGGCCAGAGAGGUGUCUAUCCUACCUGAAACUGGCUCGGGAGAUCUGCUGCUUGGAGCUGAGGAGCACCGUGUUCGAUUACCUGAGUAGGAACCUGUUGGAGCUGCCUCAGGUCGUCAGGUGUCUGAGCGAAGAGGAGAAAGAGGAACUCAUCCUCCUGAGAAUGCGAGGAAAGCCUCGUCUCUGCAGUCUUCGGAAAGAGAACCUGAUGUCUUGGAAGGAUCCAGAGACAGAACGCGCCCGCCACAUUUUUGCCGAGCAAAACGGAGAAUGGUCUCCCAUCGCCGAGCUCCCUUUCCGGGCAGACAAGUGGUGCUUCACGGCUGUGGUGCUGUAUAACUACUUGUACAUCAUAGGAGGCUACAGGACCCUUGUAAGGAGGAGAUGGGACUUCAAAAUAGCCACGUUUCGGUAUAAUCCUUUGACUCGGGAAUGGACUGCUGCUGCUCCACUUAUAAAGCACAGAAGGCACUUCAGCGCAGUGGCUUGCCAGGGCCGUAUCUAUGCAUUGGGGGGCUGGUACUUGGACUCUUUGGUCACCCCGGACUCCAGCACGGCCCUGUACGCAGCUGUGGAGUGCUACGAUCCAUGGGAGGACACAUGGAGGUUUGUCUCGUCGCUCCCCCUCACGGACUUUCAAUUCACUGUAUCUCUAUCUCACGAUGUGCCUUUGGCGACCAGUCUCGGGCAUUGCCUCUACGUCCUGGGUAGCAUACAGAGGACUGGGGAGAAACUGCUUCUUCAGUAUGACACUAGGCAUGAUUCGUGGCGUGAGCUGCUUCCCACGCUCACCAGAGCAGAUGCAGACCUUCCAGUUCUUUACUUCCUUAUGGGCGCCUCCGACAAGUUAGUGGUGAUUGGAGGAAACAACUUGCACGACGUGGUCAUUUCAUUUUACGUACGCUCGCAGAAAUGGGGACAGGCGCACAGUGUGCAGAAAUCGGCAUUGGCAGGACAAGGCGUGCUCUUGGGCUCCCAGGUUGUGAUGCCGAGUCUGGAGCAUAACAGUGUGGUGACGAUGGAUGUGGAAACGCUUUCUUUGAAGGUCCUUUCUCCUCUGCCCAUCUCCGUCUGCUAUGAAGCUAUCUUCUACCUUCAUUUUUGAUAUCACACUCCGUUCGAUGCAUGUAACGUGUAUACGUUUAGCAUACUAGGAACAAAAUGCUAAUGCUAAAUUACUUUUAAUAUCUCAUUAUUUUUUAUUAUUAUUGUAUAUUAUACUAGAAUGUUACUCAUAUGAGGUCAUGAAUGUCAAUUGAAUGUUCAUAUUAUGUCACCUGCCAAACAGCAAUAUUUUCCUUUUAAAAACGUAUCAUGAAUAUGUAUUCCUCCAUUCUAUUAAUUGGUCUGAUUUUUUUUGUUGUUUUCUUUUUCUUUUUUACAAAUCUUGCUAGUAUUUACACUAUCAAUAUUUCUCUAUAUUUUUUUAAAUCCUUUUUAGUUUUUUGAAGAAUUUCUUCAUUUUCUAAUAAUUCCCGUAAAUUUUUUAUCAUCACUUUUAUUUUUCUAAAAACUUAAUUUAUCAUGCCCCUUUUCCUAAACUUGAGUGGCAACACUGACCCUGUUACUGUGAUUGUAGUAAUAUUAAAU